CCGACAUCUGUGGGAGUAGAGUGCCUGUCGGGCAGACGCUGGCCUGCCUGUGAGCCCAGCUACCUGCAGUGACGUGAGCCGCCUCCCCAGCGAAUUGGCAGCCAGGGAGGCCAGCUGCCCCCUUAAGAGGGCCCUAGUGUAUAUAAACCCCUGGGAGGCUGGCAGUCUGUCUGUCUAUGACUAGAGAACUCUGAUCUUGGACACCCCAGCUUUGAGGCUGCUGAUGCUGCUGACAUGGCUGAGACUAACCUGAGAAUCAGUGGGGGGGCGGUGAGGUUCGGUGCCACCUAUGGGGGCAACAGGCUCUUCUCUGGAGGCAGGAGCGGUGGAGGUGGUGGCGGAGGGGCCGGACUGGCCCUCUCCAGAUCUUUUGGAAUUGGGGGGGGUGGAGCAACGGGGCUCGGCAUGAGAGGAGGGCUCGGGAUGGGGAUAGGCAUGGGAAUGGGAAUGGGGGGAGGCCUGGGUAUGGGAAUGGGUGGUGGAGGCGGAGGUGGAGGUCUUGGGAUGGGAAUGGGUGGACGUGCCCUGGCUCUAGGAGGUGGAGGUGGCGGGGAAGCAGGGUUCAGGGCUGGAGUGGCCCCACUCAGGGCUCGCUUGGGCGGCCGCGUCUUCAAGAUCGGAGGCUAUGGCUUCAACCCGUCCUUCCUGAGCUCCACCGCCGCAGUGGGUGGUGUCAGCCCUGUGCCCAGCAUCGACCCAUCGCUGCCCUCCCUCGACACAGUCCAGGUGACCCGCCUAAAGGAAAAGGAGGAGCUGCAGGUCCUCAAUGACAAGUUUGCCACCUUCAUUGACAAGGUAUGUCACACAAACACGUCAUACAGGCAGUAUUAUUUCAUGGCUAUAAUCAGUGAAAAUUGAUGUUGGUAUUUAGCCACUAUAUUUGACUUUUAAUGAAAUUGUAUUAAAUGUUUCUAUCACAGUAAUAUUUUAAGUGCACUUUGAGAUUACAAUAAUUAUCUAUGCAUAAAUAUGGCCCCAUGUGUAAACUCUUUGUACUCGGAACAACCAAAUUAAACUCAAUAUUUGUAUUUCUGCUUGAACAAACAAAAUGAUUAACAUUAUGUUGAUCAGUAUCCUCUACCCAUCAACAUCCUCCACACCCCAAUCCUGUGAGGGUGUUACCUUUUAUAACCUGUGAGGACUUUUCAUACAGAUGUGGAUUGACAGACCAUAAUUAAUGUCUGUGCUUCAAUCGAAACCCAGUUGAGGAUAGGAUCAGAUUCACCUUGUUUUGGAAUUGAUAGCAAUGCUCAUGUAUGCAUUCAACAUUGUUUCCAUGCUAAAACAUAUUACGCAUGUAUCGGUUGUAUAUUGUGCAUGUGAUUUGAUCUUACAAAAUAAAAACGGCCCAUUGGAAUGUCCUGAACAUCAAUGUCCAAAAUCAAUCAAGCUCAUUGAAAUUCAGACCCAUUCUUGGAGAGGAACAUCACCAGAGAGGAUCAUCACCAGACUGUAUGUCUGUGUGUUAACCUAAUAGAAAUCAAUGUGUGUACUGUAUUCAUCGAUCUGUCUCUCUCGCUCUCUGGUCCCCAGGCUCGCUCUCUGGAGCAGACCAACGCUGUGCUGAGGACCAAGAUCUCCAUGUUCACCAACCCGGAGCAGAGCGGCCCUGUCAGCACCUCCAUCCUGCUCACCUCCGCCAUCGGCACCUACAAGACCCAGAUCGAUGGCCUGUCCGCCACCAAGGAGGCCAUCCUUGCCGAGAUCGAGCACUACAAGAGCCUCAUCGACGACGUCCAGAGCAGGUUGAGUGGGGUUAGGGUCGAUUACCUCACAAUACAGUGUGACCAUAAUGAAAUAAUCAGUGACCCUAUAAUACACAGUACAGUAAAUAGACUACAUACACAAUACCACACACAGCAGUGAAUCCACAAUACAGUACAUACAGUGGGGUCUACUAGUCUGUAGUGUUCAAUACAUGAAUAAUCUGCUGGCUGCACCAGGGCUGAGAGAAGGCUCUCAGCCUCAUGUAGGUGUUGUGACUUUGCUUUAUAAUUACCUCGGCAGAUCAAUGCUUUUAAUGCUCAGUUGGAGCAAAAUCUAAUAAUAGCCUUCGUUGUUCUCCAGCAGCAGUCUUGACACUUUUGAUCUAAAGAGAAUCUGUAUCCAAUCAUCACACAGCUUGAGAUUCAAUUGAUACUGCGAAAAUGAAUAACAAAUACCCACAUGUUUCAGCCGAGUACACAAUAUAUUAUCCUUUAAACUCAUGAAGCAGAAUUGUUGACAUUGAUGAUAUGAAACCUAAUGCAUAUAUUUGACUGAAAGUUAAUUGAUAUAAAACCUUCUAUUGGUUUUAUGUUGAAAGGUUUGAGGAGGAGACUGCCCAAACCAAGUCAUUAGAGAUGGACUGGACCACAUUAAAAGAGGUAUGGAUACAUCAUGGCGUUGUCAAACUAUUGAAGGAUUAGUCAAACAGAGGCUGGUGGGAGGCGUUAAUGCACAGGCUCAUUGUAAUAGCUGGAAGGGAAUAAAUCAAACACUAUCAAACAUAUGGAGACCUGACUUGACUCCUUUCCCUUUAGUCUAUUCCUGCCAUUUCAAUGAGCCCGUCCUCCUAUAGCUCCUCCCACCAACCUCCGCUGAUUCAAAUAAUUGAAAUAAUGAAUGACAUCCUGUUAUGGCUACGAAAACUACUAUUCCCAUGCUUUAAAAGGAGGUGGACAAUCUCUACCUUGUCAUUUUCGAGCUUCAAACCAACAUCGGUGGACUGGAAGAUCAGAUCAGUCUCUCAAAGCAGGUGUAUGACGCUGUGAGUACAUGACAUGAUAACAUAACUAUUUUACUGGAAAAUUCCAACAUUCUGGCUAAACUUGCAUGGGGGGGUUCAGUGCACAUUUAGACUCUAAAAAAUGAGCAAACAUUGAAGCGUGUUUUCCUCUUGGUUCACUUUCCCGGCGAUAGUUUUAUUUGAAUUCUACAUAUGCACUGUUCCUUAUCUGCACCUGUACUCGACCAGUAAAAGCAUUCCUUCCCGAGCCUUCUGAAGAUGCUCCCCUGCCCAGGCGCUGAAUUAAAAUGUCUCCCCAUCAAUUAUGGAGUUUAGACAAGCCGAGAGCCAGCACUCAACACUAAGCACCGCUGCUUGUCUCCUUCCCUCGCUCACUAAAAUCACCCACUGCAGAACCUGACCUUCCAUAAGUUCACAACAUUAAGAAUUUACAUUACAGAUCCUGUGUGACUCUCUCUGUACCCUUAAAAACAGCUUAAUUGGUACACAGGAGGGACUAUGGGUCUGUAAGUGCAACAAAAACAACACUGUUACAGUAGAUUACAGUAUUAAUGGGGAUCAACAAAGCCACAUUGGACCGUGUUCAAAUAAAGGCUACAUGCCCAACAGAUGUUGCACCCAAUGUGUUCCAGAGUUCAGUUGUGACUGUCAAUCACUGCUCAGAUAGUAGUAUGCUCAUUAAACAAUUGCUUUAUUAUAUGUUGUCAUAUCCACAAGGAAGGUUAAAACAACUGUAAAGACAUUACUGUUGCGCUUUGUGUUGUAGAAAGUGAAGGAGGUGAGGAACAUUGUGACGGGUAGUGUGAAGUCAGCCUUCUCCAUCUCAGUGGACAACGCGGCCCAGGCCCAGGACCUGACCUCUGCCCUGACGGACGUCAAGGCCCACUACGAAGCCCUGGCCCAGCGCAGCAAGCAGGAUGCCCUGGUGUCUGUGCAGGACAGUGUAUGUACCCUGCAGCAGUAUCUUGUCUGCAUUCUCUCUAUUGGUCUACAUUUUUACAUUUCUGUCAUUUAGCAGACGCUCUUAUCCAGAGCAACUUAGUUAGUGAGUGCAUACAUUUUUCAUACUGGCCCCCCGUGGGAAACGAACUCACAACCCUGGCGUUGCAAGCGCCAUGCUCUACCAACUGAGCUACACGGGGUCUAUCUAGUAUUAUGUUAACUUUAUAUUGCAUUAUCUGAAGUCUGCCAGGCAGUAUCUACCGAUAACUGAUUGCAAAAAUAAUAACUGGUUUUGCAAACACCACUGGAACCAGUACGACAUCCAUUGUCUCUUAUUCCUAUCCCUGUGUUACGUUCCCCCUCAAGUAGAUGUUCUUAGUAUUGCACUCAAUACGCUGUAUGUUUUAGCCUACACAGGACUAUCUCUGUUAGAACAUUGCCUUCCAUCAUCCAACCCCAAAUGUUAGACUUUAAGACUGGCGAGGGCACCAUGGAAAUGUAACAUCUCCUUUUUCUAAAUGUCAAACCCCAGCUCUCCAUGAUGUCCAUGACAUCCCAGCCCAGUACCCAGACUCUGUCCCAAACCAAAGAGGAGCUGCGCAUGUACAAACUGCAGAUCGACUCAGUACAGAGGGAGAUCGACAGGCUCAAGACCCUGGUAGGAUUACUACCUAAUCUGAGCUGUUGAUAUGCAAUGUUGUCUCAAAGAAAAUGCUUAUCUUAUACAUUUCAUAAAGUAUGAGGGGAAGUAUCACAGUAGUAUCUCAUGACAGAACCUAUUCUCUCGUGGACGGACUAUGGAGCAUCUAACCAAAUUACGCACAAUUUUUGUUCUGGGUUAACCAAGAUUACACAGAACCUAAUAAAUGCUCACCACAGUGUUAAAUAAUCAGGCCUGACCUCUCCCAUUGUAGAACAUCCAGUUGGAUUCUCAGGUGGAUGAGGCAGAGUCCCACUCCAGCUCCCACACAGAGACCUAUCAGGAGCAGGUGCUGACCCUCAAGUCACAGCUUGAUGACAUCAGAAAGGUAAGGAUGGGGUUCGGAGUCCUCCACAGAUAUACACCUGUUAAAAAACACUGAUUUCAACCCUGAUAUGAGCCACUUUCAUGUGCAGCAUAACCUAUGAAUCAUUCUCUUCUUACAGCAAAUAACACACUAUGGUCAAGAGUACCAGGAACUCCUGGCCAGUAAAAUGUCUCUUGAUGUUGAGAUCACUGCAUACAAGAAGCUCCUAGACAGUGAAGAGACCAGGUAAGAGAGUAGGGUCUCACACAUCAUCCACAUUUGCAACCAUUUAAGCAUUGAUUGAUGCUCUCUGAAGUACUACAUCUAUGAUAGUUAUGUAUUUGUGAUGCGUAUCAUUUCAGACUGAAGUCAGGAGGAGGUGUGACCGUGCACAUGUCUAAGACAGCCAUUGGAGGAGGGGGAGGCGGAGGAAGUGGGGCUGGGCUGGCCUUGGGAGGAGGCAGUGGUGGUGGCAGUGGGAUGGGUCUGGGCGGUGGCUACGGAAUGGGCGGCUUUGGAGGGGGUCUGGGCAUGGGUGGCUUUGGAAGGGGCGGUUACGGAGGCGUUCUCGGGCUGGGAGGAGGCAGGAGCAGCUACAUGUCCUCCAGCCUGAGCAGCAGUGCACGUGAGUACAGCUCCCAACUCUAUGAACUAGCAUUAUUUGUAAUGCCUCCUGAAAAACGUUCUCUUUUACCUAUUGAGUCACAUUCCAAACUCAAAGUUAAGAUACUGUAAGUCCAUGUCGCAGGCCAUCCAUAAGCAAAAAUUAAUGGAAAAGAUAACUUGUUAUUUCUAGAUUUGCUGUACUUUUCUAUUUAUUUGGGGUUGAUGCAUAUACUGUAGCUGGGUCUACACAACUGAUCGCUUGGGACAUGGACUCAUCUUGUUAUUUGACUAUUUGAGUGUAUUGUCCCUUUACCUUCUGAGGUGCAACGCAGACCAUUCCUCAUUGGACCACUUUCUCUUCCAGUCUCAACAGUGUACUGA